CCCGGCAACUUUUUUUUACUAUUGACCCGAAGUUGGGGACGUUGUGGAAACUGUGACCAGCCUCAGACCGUGGACUAAAGACCAGGAGGCUAGUCUCUCCAAGGUGCUAGGUUGACAUGGACCCGCUCAGAGCCCAGCAGCUGGCUGCAGAGCUGGAGGUGGAGAUGAUGGCUGACAUGUACAACAGAAUGACCAGAGCCUGCCACCGGAAGUGCGUGCCUCCCCACUACAAGGAAGCAGAGCUGUCCAAAGGCGAGUCUGUGUGCCUGGACCGGUGUGUGUCUAAGUACCUGGACAUCCACGAGCGGAUGGGCAAAAAGCUGACAGAGUUGUCUAUGCAGGAUGAAGAGCUGAUGAAGAGGGUGCAGCAGAGCUCUGGACCUGCAUGAGGCCCUGGGCAGUGCACACCCAGGCUGUACCUCGCCACUUAUUUUAUUAAAGUGUUUCCUAAUGGAUGUCAUAUGUGAAAACCGUCACACUUAGGCUUUCUGGAGCAUCUCCAGGACCUCUGGGUGUGGUAGAGCUCUCCUGGCUAAAGAAGGGGACUUGUCACGCUGGUUUGUGACUGUGUAUGUGUGUAUAUGUAUAUAUCUGUAUUAAAACAAAUUUGUGCAAAGCAGUGUCUUUUUU